CUGGUGCCAAUUGCUUGACAGUGUGGGAUAAAUCAAAUUACUUAGUCUUGUGUAUAAUAAACUGAUGUCCCCACUGCUGUAAGAGCUUCUUUAUUGUAGUCAGCACUGGGAAGUGUGCUGAUGGAGCUGCCCCUUGGCUGAUGGGACAAGGGCUUGUGCCUCUAGGGCUGCCUGCUCUGUUCUUAGGCUGCAAGGAGAGAGCUUCAGUUUAGCAGCAAAUUAGUGCACUUCUAAAACUUGUGAAGGAGGAAAGGAGUAUGUGAGGGGGGGGCUUUGAAGGGAACUCUUACACUAGAAGGAGAAUAAUUAUGUAUCAUGGGAAAUCCUGUAAUCCUUAUCUUCCUACUAGAAGAUAAGGUAGGCAGCUAGGUGGGAUUUUACUGUUCUGUUUCCACAGAUAGUACAACGCUGGCACCUGCCAAGCGUGGUCCCCUGGAUCAGUUUGCUGCUGCAGUUCACCACAAGGCCACACAAACACUCAUGAACACAGCUGGUACCUGGGCAGCUUGUGGCCCAUGAGGAAAUAGGGGCAGUGGCCCAACACUAAUGCCCUUUUUGGCUACCCACACUCUCUUGAUUGCAUAUCAAGCUGUGGUCUAAUAUCCUAAAUGGAACCCAGGGCAAAGAAGGGGCCCUGCCAACACAGCCAUUUGGUGCUCCAGGAGCUCACUGCGACUGUGUUGGUCUGCUGCUCAGCUGUGCUUUUUAAAAGUAUAUUGUGACAAAUGCAACCACUUCUGAUCUGUGGAUGAAUAGAAUCUUAUUAUCUGUUAACAGCAGGACAUCUGCUGGGGCUUAAAAACACUGUCACACAUGCUGAUAUACUUGGUCAGAACCUGCCUGGGGUCCAGUGUGGUCCCUCCAGAGCCAGCCAUAGAUGAGGUCCUCUGGAAAUGAGUCCUACCAGUGCUGCUUGUACUGGAACUCUCCGAUGUAGCUUUGUGUGCAUUUCCUAGGAACUGGGUCUUAUGCUUGUUAACAGAUAUGCUAUUGUAUCAAUAUUAAAAUGUACAGAGGUCUGUUCUAAGCUUUAUAGCUGAUCACCUUCAGACGUUUGGGCCGCCUUGGGGUGGAACAAUACUGACAUUCAGUGGUUGAUUAUACUUGCCACCAUUGUGUGACUGUCCAGGAGAUUUUGGAGGGGUUUAAUGUGCAAUGCUGGCUAAAUUCAGAACAUGUUUAGUCGAACUGGAUUAAAGCAAUUGUGUCAAGGCUCCUUUAUAAAAACGCUGUGCUCACAGUAUUAAAAUUGUCUGGGUUUUUUUACAAACUAAAUUAGAGAUUAAUUUGGUCCAGGAGAGAGACAAUAGAAACAUGCAAUAACACUUUUUAGCUUUGUUUCCUUUCCCACUCUUAAGCAAAUUGACAAUCACACUUUCUAAAAGAACUUCUCCUUAUAUACUGUAUUGGCUGAGUUGGAUUUUUCUGUCCACACUUCUGUGUCUGCCAUGAGAGACAGUGUGCUCUUAGCAGAAGGUAUCUAAGACCUGGCAAGGCCCCAGUGAAGAUGAGCACAUUGCUGUCAUGCGUGUGAAGGAGCAGCUGGAGUUUUGAAUUUGAAAAGCUGGAUCUUGGCUCCCUUCCCACGUCUGCUGACUUAGGUGGAGGGAAAGAGCAUAUUGAUGACCUUCUUGAGCUGUCCUUCUUCACCAUCUUUGGUGAGCUUUGGAAGACAUACUUUAGUUUCAUCAAAAUCUUCAGGGCCAGACCAUUUUUCAUUGUUACAAGUGUGUUGGGAGGUCAGUUGAGUACUCCGGGCAGUUCAGAUUCAGACACAGCAACAAGAGCUCAUGCUGGAUGAAGAGAAAUGCUUAUUCCAGUAUUUUGGAAUGAGACUCAGUCAUACAAUGUUUGGACUCCUUAAAAUCUCUGUUGGACUGGGCCAUUUACAUUAGAUGCUUCCAUGCCAUCUUCACAUUAGUGUGCCAGAGUCAACAUCAGCAAAGGAGCAAAUUUUAUCUGCAUUUUAGGCAUGAUCCCAGCCAAACACUGUAAGAUUAGUAAAAACUACAAUGGUUUUUGGUAGAUGUGUUUUGCUUCUCUUGGACAUGCUGAGUUGAUGGUGGCCUUCCUCUUUCAGGGUGUGGAUGCCCAGUAACUGUUUGGUCUCUUUCCAGUCAUGUUUGAAUUCCUCCAAAGACUGAAUUUCAAUUCAGGAUAUCUCCCUUGCUAUCGUCUGCCCAUUUCCACCACCUGCCCUGUGCCAGCCCCAUGGAGCUCUCUGGCAAUGUAAUAACUUGCAUUAAGAAGCUGAUCUGACCAGAAACUUCUUUUGAUGGACAAUUUAUGGCUGGACUUUCCUGCACUUUCCUAAUGUAGAAAAUGAUCCACAGCCUGUUUCUUAUAAACUGUUCUGGUGAUAUAUUCUUGGAGAAGCACUGGAAGAGCGUUGUGAGCCAGUCUGUGUGCGAUUAUUUCUUUGAAGCUCAGGAGAAAGCAAUCGAUGUUGAGAAUGUGCCUCCUGUCAUCUCAACUCCACAUCACUACCUCAUCAGCAUCUAUCGGGAUAAAAUCUUCUUUGUGUCUGUCAUACAGACAGAAGUGCCACCACUCUUUGUAAUUGAAUUUCUGCACCGAGUAGCAGAUACUUUCCAGGAUUACUUCGGCGAAUGUUCUGAGACUGCAAUUAAGGACAAUGUAGUAAUUGUGUAUGAGCUUCUAGAAGAAAUGCUAGACAAUGGCUUUCCACUGGCAACAGAAUCUAACAUACUGAAGGAGCUGAUUAAGCCUCCCACAAUUUUGCGCUCUGUUGUCAACUCCAUCACAGGCAGUAGUAAUGUGGGAGACACACUUCCCACCGGCCAGUUGUCCAACAUUCCCUGGCGCAGAGCGGGGGUAAAAUACACAAACAACGAAGCCUAUUUCGAUGUCAUUGAAGAAAUCGAUGCCAUUAUAGACAAAUCAGGUUCCACAGUCUUUGCAGAAAUCCAAGGUGUUAUUGAUUCGUGUAUUAAGCUCUCAGGAAUGCCAGAUCUUUCUCUGUCUUUCAUGAACCCACGGCUGCUGGAUGAUGUCAGCUUCCAUCCAUGUAUCCGCUUCAAACGCUGGGAGUCUGAGAGAGUCCUUUCAUUUAUUCCUCCCGAUGGGAAUUUCAGAUUGAUCUCCUACCGUGUCAGUUCACAGAACUUGGUGGCAAUUCCUGUAUAUGUGAAACACAUGAUCAGUUUUAAGGAAAAUAGUUCUUCGGGAAGAUUUGAUGUUACUAUUGGACCAAAACAGAAUAUGGGGAAAACAGUAGAAGGAGUUGUCAUGACAGUUCACAUGCCAAAGGCUGUACUUAAUAUGAGCCUCACUGCUACACAAGGCAGCUAUACUUUUGACCCAGUUACUAAGGUGUUAACGUGGGACGUGGGCAAAAUUACCCCUCAGAAGCUACCAAACCUGAAAGGCAUAGUGAACCUGCAGUCUGGAGCACCCAAGCCAGAGGAGAAUCCAAGUUUAAACAUCCAGUUUAAGAUACAACAGCUUGCAAUUUCAGGACUGAAAGUGAAUCGCCUAGACAUGUAUGGAGAAAAAUACAAGCCUUUUAAAGGUGUCAAAUAUAUUACAAAAGCAGGAAAAUUCCAAGUCAGGACAUGAGAAGAUGAUCUAAGAGGAAAUUCCCCUUAAAAAAAACUUGACUGCUUAGUGACUUAUGUUGCUAUUAAUUAGGUGCCAAUUAAUUAAUAGACACUGAUUAGUUUGGGAUCAAAGCAUUUGUGCACAGCAGCUCUUAAAAUGAAAGCAUAGCUUAGGUUUUCUUAAUAUGGCUUUAAAAUAAGGUACUUUUUUUCUAAUACACUUUCACUCUUUUUUUACUGAUUUGUUGUGCUGGUGAAUAGUUUGAUAUAGGCAACCCACAAAAUGUCACAAACCCUACACUGCCAGUCAGAUACCAAAGCCCAGAGGUCAAGCACAUUAUGAAGGCCAGAGAGGCCACUGGAAAAGUCUGGUGGCAUGUUUUGCUGCUGCAGCCACCUGCAAAGAAAGCUCAGUUACUCUCACAGCCAGCUGCAAGCUGGCAUUCCACAAAGGAGCCUGUAAUCAUUUCAGAAAUAGAGAGCAGCAGUGAGAGGGGCAGGGGACCCCUAGGACAUAGCAAAUGUCACUCCUGAGAAAGCUUCUGAUGAGGUAAAAAAUAAUUUCUGUGUUUACAAGAAAUUGCCUUUCUUAAGAAGCAUUUGCCUUAAUCAGCUUUCAUUUCUGCCAUCUGCAGAUGAGCUGAUAAAAAUAACAUCCUGCAUUAAAUCUGGGAGGUGAUUGUUGCUUCAGUAAUCCACUUUCUUUCCAUUCAAUCUCAUCAUCUCCAUAAUUUUUUUUAAGAAUACAGUUGCAGAGAGUAAGAUCUAUUUUUUAUGUGAAGCCUUUGCUUUGACUUAGAUGUUCCACUUGUUUGAAGCGGAUGCCACCAGAUGUGUGUGGUGUGUACCUUGGAGCGUAGCUUUUUAGACAGCACAAUAGAAGUGUCAAGUGUAUUUAAUGGUUGUGUGCUUUAAUGUUAUGAAAUAAAGGGAACUCUACUGCAAA